CUGUCACUUUGCAGCUGCAGCAGCUUUACCGGUGCGGCGCAGGACUAGCACGGAGAGAUUGGGUUGUUUCUUCUUGUUGUACACAUUACUGUAGAUUUAUAUAAUCAACGGACGUGUAGAAGAGGAUUCAUUUUCAAGCAACGUUCUCGUACAAUACAUUUGCGGCUCAGUUAUAUUUUUUGAGCACGCUGGUAGAGAAGUAUUAAAAUAAUUCGCGUUACAUGCACAUUUUUUUGAAUAAACUGGCUUGCGCAUCCAAUUAGUUCGUACCAUUAUAUAGCAAGCAACUAACGAAAGGUACCGAAGAUCGUCUUCUACACAAAAAAGAAAGGAGGCGUCUCUUAGGAGGGAAGGAGCUGUCAGAGUUAUUAUUUUCAUUGAAACAGAGUCGGGCUAAGCUGGACCGUUUCAACAGCGAACGAGAGAGAGAGACAAUAAAGGCUGCUAUAUUGCAGCAAAUUAUAGUCUGUCUCCUCCCGCCUGUCUCGGUCCGUGUUACUGCGUGCUGAGUAACAGUACAGUGGAGCUGCAUUCUCUGCGCUGAAUAAUCCUCCUCAUCGCAUCCCGAAAAACAAUGGAUCAGGGGAGAGGAGCACAGAGUCCGGACAGCCUCGACUUCACAGUGGAGAACGUGGAAAAGGCCUUGCACCAGCUGUACUACGACCCCAACAUAGAGAACAAGAACCUGGCUCAGAAAUGGCUGAUGCAGGCCCAGGUGUCCCCUCAGGCCUGGCAGUUCAGCUGGGUCCUGCUCUGCCCGGAUAAGGUGCCGGAGAUCCAGUACUUCGGCGCCAGCGCUCUGCACACCAAGAUCUCCCGCUACUGGAACGAUAUCCCUGCAGAGCAGUACGAGAGCCUCAAGAGCCAGCUCUUCAGUCAGAUUGCGCGAUUCGCCUCCGGGUCCAAGAUUGUACUGACCCGGCUGUGUGUGGCCCUGGCCUCACUGGCGCUCAACAUGAUGCCCGAAGCCUGGCCGGUGGCUGUCAGCGACAUGGUCAAGAUGUUCCAGACGGAGAGCUCCGAUGUGGACGGGCGAGUCCGCUGCUUGGCUCUGCUGGAGCUGCUGACCGUGCUGCCUGAGGAGUUCCAGACCAGCCGGCUGCCACAGUACCGCAAGGGGCAGGUCCGCAACGCCCUGGGGCAGGAGUCCGGGGCCGUAUUCCCCCUCCUACUGCAGCUCCUCCAGCAGCAGGACUCGCCCAGCUUCAUCAAGCAGAAGGUGCUCAAGUGCUUCUCCAGCUGGGUGCAGCUGGACGUGCCGCUGUUGGACUGCGAGAACCUGAUGCAGGUGGCGUUCUCCUCGCUGCAGGACCCCGAGCUCUUCGACACGGCCGUGGAAGCCAUCGUCAACUCCAUCUCCCAGCCUGACUCGCAGAGGUAUAUGAACACUCUUCUCAAGCUGAUCCCGCAGGUCCUGCAGCUCCAGGAGCAGCUCCGGCAGGCAGUGCAGAGCGGAGACAUGGAGACCUCGCACGGGAUCUGCCGCAUCGCUGUGGCGCUCGGGGAGAACCACUCCAGAGCACUGCUGGAGCAGGUGGAACACUGGCAGAGCUUCCUGGCGCUCGUCAACAUGAUCAUGUUCUGUACAGGCAUCCCGGGACACUACCCUGUCAACGAGACCACCAGCUCCCUCACACUUACCUUCUGGUACUCUCUGCAGGAUGACAUCAUGUCUUUCGAGGCCAACAAGCAAGUGGUUUACAUGCAGGUGUACCGGCCCGUCUACUUCCAGCUGGUGGAUGUGCUGCUGCACAAGGCGCAGUUCCCUUCCGAUGAGGAGUACAGCUCCUGGUCCUCCGACGAGAAGGAGCAGUUCAGGAUUUACAGGGUUGAUAUCUCCGACACACUCAUGUAUGUGUACGAGAUGCUGGGAGCAGAGCUGCUGAGUAACCUGUAUGACAAACUGGGACGCGUCCUGACCAGCACGGAGCAGCCCGCAUCUUGGCAGCACACAGAGGCCCUCCUGUACGGCUUCCAGUCCAUCGCAGAGACCAUCGAUGUGAACUACUCUGACGUCAUCCCCGGCCUCAUCGGGCUCAUCCCCAGGAUCAACAUCAACAACGUGCAGCUGGCAGACACCGUCAUGUUCACCAUCGGGGCCCUGGCAGAGUGGCUGGCGGACCACCCUGUCAUGAUCAGCAACGUCCUGCCGCUGGUGCUGCACGCGCUGGGUAACCCGGAGCUCUCCAUCUCCAGUGUGUCCACACUCAAGAAGAUCUGCCGGGAGUGCAAGUACGACCUGCCGCCCUACGCAGCCAACAUCGUCGCAGUGUCCCAGGAGGUGCUGAUCAAACAGAUUCACAAGACCAGUCAGUGUAUGUGGCUGAUGCAGGCGCUGGGGUUUCUGCUGUCAGCACUGCCAGUGGAGGAGAUCCUGAGGAAUCUGCAGUCCCUCAUCUCCCCCUACAUCCAGCAGCUGGAGAAGCUAGCCAGUGAGACGCCCAACCCUUCCAAUAAGCUGGCGAUCAUUCACAUCCUGGGUCUGCUGUCCAACCUGUUCACCACGCUGGACAUCACGCGCCACGACGACGACUCUGGGGAGGGCAGUGAGGUCAAGAAGAAGCUGGUCGAGCCUGGGCCCAACCCGGUGGUGGUCGUGCUUCAGCAGGUCUUCGCUCUCAUACAGACGGUGCUCAGCAAGUGGCUCAAUGACUCCCAGGUGGUUGAGGCGGUGUGUGCGAUCUUUGAGAAGUCUGUGAAGACGCUGCUCCAUGAUUUCACCCCCAUGGUCUCUCAGCUGUCGGAGAUGCUCGGGCAGAUGUACAGCACCAUCCCUCAGGCCUCCGCACUGGACCUCACUCGCCAGAUGGUCCAUAUCUUUGCCAGUGAGACUGAACACUUCCCACCAAUCGAAAUGCUCUUCCAGCUGGUUACUACGGUAACACUCUCCAUUUUCCAACAAGGGCCCAGGGAUCAUCCUGAUAUUGUUGAUUCAUUUAUGCAACUCCAGGCGCAGGCUCUCAAAAGGAAACCUGAAUUGUUCUUGUCUGAGAAUCUUGAUGUGAAGGCUGUGUUUCACUGCGGAGCCCUGUCCCUCAAGUUCCCAGAGGCACCCACAGUGAAGGCCACCUGCCUCUUCUUUACGGAGCUGCUGCCUCACUGUGGAGACGUCCCUCCCAUCGGGCAGGUGGUGCAUGAAGAUGGCAAGCUGCUGCUGCAGGCUGUGCUAGAGGGGAUCGGAGGCCAGUGUUCCCGGACCCUGGUUGACCAGUUUGCAGAGAUCCUGUUUGCUCUGCACAAGCACUGCUUCAGCUACCUGUCGCUGUGGCUCAAGGAGGUGCUGCAGCAGCCAGGCUUCCCUUCCUCACGCAUCACCCAAGAGCAGAAAAACACCUUCACCCAGCAGAUCCUCAGGUACUCCCUCCACUCCCUCUCCAUUCCCCUUGCACAGUCAUCCAGGAGACACCUUCACCCAGCAGAUCCUCAGGUACUCCCUCCACUCCCUCUCUCCAUUCCCCUUGCACAGUCACCCAGGAGACACCUUCACCCAGCAGAUCCUCAGGUACUCCCUCCACUCCCUCUCUCCAUUCCCCUUGCACAGGCAUCCAGGAGACACCUUCACCCAGCAGAUCCUCAGGUACUCCCUCCACUCCCUCUCCAUUCCCCUUGCACAGGCAUCCAGGAGACACCUUCACCCAGCAGAUCCUCAGGUACUCCCUCCACUCCCUCUCCAUUCCCCUUGCACAGUCAUCCAGGAGACACCUUCACCCAGCAGAUCCUCAGGUACUCCCUCCACUCCCUCUCUCCAUUCCCCUUGCACAGGCAUCCAGGAGACACCUUCACCCAGCAGAUCCUCAGGUACUCCCUCCACUCCCUCUCCAUUCCCCUUGCACAGGCAUCCAGGAGACACCUUCACCCAGCAGAUCCUCAGGGAGCGUGUGAACAAGCGGCGAGUCAAGGAGAUGGUGAAGGAGUUCACGCUGCUGUGCCGUGGUCUGCAUGGCACAGAUUACGUGGCUGACUACUGACCAGGCUGUGAACCGGCCUGCCCAGCGCUUAACAGACCUGCGUGGGUCAGUUAGACUUCUCCGUAAAAGACAAACGUACUCAACAUGUAAAGAUUUCAGACAGAUCCAAUCAUCGUCUUGCUUGCUCCCCUGGUAUCCUGGCACACAGUGCUGCUGUGAUGUAAACUGAAGACACUUCUUCUGAAGAACAAGAAAAAUUCUUUCCUCUUUAACAAAAAUGUGCGUGUGUAUGUGUGUGUGUG